CAGUGUUGAGCACAGUACUGGUUUUCACCAGCCCACUAUGGGUUCUAUAUUCACCUCAUACCACGAUGUUCAUAGCGCGCAUUGUGUCGAGCGUCCAAAGACAGCGUGUGAUGAUAUACGGUAUGAUGGGAACAAUUGGGUCACCCUUGGGUCACCCACUCAUAUGUUCGAAUUAAGCUCACGGCACCCAUUACUCAGUUAGAUAAAUACGAGACUUUGUAAGGUUGAGUUCAUCUGACAAGUGCUCACAGCAUCGUAAUUCUUGACCGCCGCAGGUGUAUAAAAGAGCUUUUACUGGUUGAAGCACAAGUCGUCAUUACGCAGAACC